ACGUCUGUAUAGCAUGUACUGCCCUACGGCGUCACCGUGUGUUAGCGUCUCGGACUCAUUUUAGGCUGAUGAGAAUUUUCUGCAGAUUGAUGACCUAAAAAUUCUUUGAAUAAUAGUAUUCCUCAAAGAUCGGCACCGUGCUUUGACCUUCCUCGCUCUGACCGAUUAAUAUAACGAUUCGGUCUCAUCGGAUUCUUGUUCUUCAUGCUCUGUUCUGUUUCUGCUUCGACUUAGAAUUCGAAUUCCUGAUCCCAUUGCGUUGACAUGUCGGGUCCGCUAGAUCGCUUUGCGAGGCCUUGCUUUGAGGGGUUCUCUGGCCACGACGAAAGAAAAGAACGGAAAUCAGACUUCGAAAACUCGGAGGAUGACAAGCGGACGAAAAUCGGUAGUCUAAAGAAAAAAGCAAUCAAUGCGUCAAGCAAAUUCAGACAUUCUCUUAGGAGGAAGAGCCGGAAAAAGAGUGCUAGUCGAACUAAUUCUGUUUCAAUUGAGGAUGUGCGGGAUCUUGAGGAGCUUCAGGUCGUAGAUUCAUUUCGGCAGGCACUUAUCUUGGACGAAUUGCUUCCUCCGAGACACGAUGAUUACCACCUGUUGUUGAGAUUCUUGAAAGCAAGAAAGUUUGAUAUUGAGAAGGCAAAGCACAUGUGGGCCAACAUGAUUCACUGGAGGAAAGACUUUGGUACAGACACAAUUUUGGAGGAUUUUGAGUUUUCUGAGUUGAAUGAAGUUCUACAAUACUACCCUCAGGGUUAUCAUGGUGUAGACAAGGAAGGAAGACCUAUAUACGUUGAGAGACUGGGAAAAAUUGAUCCCAACAAGCUUAUGAAAGUGACAACUUUGGAUCGGUAUGUGAGAUACCAUGUACAGGGGUUUGAACGGAGUUUUGCAUUUAAGUUUCCAGCGUGCUCUAUUGCUGCAAAGAGACACAUAGAUUCAAGUACAACAAUUUUAGAUGUUCAAGGAGUGGGUUUUAAAAACCUAACCAAGUCUGCAAGAGAACUCAUCACACGGCUGCAGAAGAUUGACAAUGACAACUACCCUGAAACGCUUUUUCGAAUGUUUAUAAUUAAUGCCGGCCCUGGUUUUAAGCUGCUCUGGAGCACUGUGAAAAGUUUUCUUGAUCCCAGAACAACCACAAAGAUUCAUGUUCUUGGCAACAAGUACCAAAGCAAAUUACUUGAAAUAAUUGAUGCAAGUGAGUUGCCAGAAUUUCUGGGUGGUAGCUGUACAUGUGCCGACCAGGGAGGAUGUAUGAGGUCAGACAAAGGGCCGUGGAAUGAUCCAAACAUAUUGAAGAUGGUUCUUCGCGGCGAAGCACGAUGUUCUAGACAAAUAGUAACUGUUACAAACUGUGAGGGGAAGAUAGUUUCAUCUGAUAAGCCACAUUAUAACAUGAUCAGAAGUAGUGAUGCAUCUACUGCAGAGUCAGGAUCUGAAGUGGAAGAAAUUACUUCACCUAAAGCAAGUAGGAGCUAUUCACAACCAAGCUUGACUCCUGUCCGUGAAGAAGCAAGAAUUGCUGUUAAGGGGAGCAGUGGUGGUGGCGUAUGGGAAUAUGAUGAACAUGUUCCCAUGAUUGACAAGGCUGUGGAUGUGGGAUGGAAGAAACAAGUAUCACUUCUAGAGUCACGUGCGUCUGGAGGGACACCUUCUUUUCCAAGUAUGGAAAAGGCUCCAGAAGGAAUCCUUACUCAAAUCUGGGCUUCACUGGUGGCCUUCUUCCUUACCCUCAUUAUCAUAUUACGCUCAGUGGUGUUCCAGGAGAAGUGUCAUCCCCCUUCUCCUGCUCCGGGUUUUGCAGAUGCAGCGGACCUGUUCUCAUCUGCUUUGGAAAGGCUGGGCAAGCUUGAGGAGAAAGUAGAUAUGCUGCAGGCAAAGCCCUUUGAGAUGCCUUAUGAGAAAGUGGAGUUGCUGAAUUCUGCUGUUUGUCGUGUGGAUGCAUUGGAGGCUGAGCUUAUUGCAACAAAACAGGCUUUGCAUGAAGCUUUAAUGAGGCAGGAAGAACUUCUAGCAUACAUAGACAGACAGGAAGAAGCCAAGUUUAGGAAGAAGUCUUGCUGGUGAAAAGGAGGCUCCUGUACAGGAGGAAGUCUGUGGUGGUAUGUUAGCUCCACUUCAUUCAUGCGCUUUGUAUAAUUUGAACGAGAGUUGGGUCUUCCAUAACCAGAGCCAUUUUUAAAUGAAUUAAUAUAUUCCAAGCUAUUAUUUUGUGUUCUCUUUGAGCCUUUUCUUUUUUCAUCUGUUCAACUUAUGUGCUCUCUAUGUAAUGUAGACUGUCUAUAAUACAAAUAGAAAACUACUGUUUUUCAA